CACCACCUGCAUCGAGCUUCAAACACAUUCAUCUCCCCUAAAAGACACUCUGUACCCACUGAGCAGUCACGGUCCAUCCGCCCCACCUCACACCCCAGCCCCUGAGGCUGCUUUCCGUCUCUGUGGACUUAGUUACUGUGCAUGUUUCAUAUUCCCUCUCUCCUCCAGUACUACUUGCUCUGGGCAUUCCUGAGUCAGCCUGGGUUUACAGAGUGUUCACAGGCAUCAACCUGUCGGUUCUCAGCUUCAUCAUCGUCUCUGGCUUCAUUAAGGGAGACCUGCACAACUGGAAGCUCACAGAACAGGACUACGAAUUGGCCACAGCUGUAUUCACUCAUAGAGAGAGGAGACCUAAAGCCUCAGCGGUCCAUCUCCCUGAUCUCACUCCUGAUGUGCUUUUUGGCCUAUUUUGGUGUCUCAGCGGCACUCACCCUCAUGGUACCCUACUACCAGAUUCAUCACCACAGCCCCUUGCCCGAGGCUUUUCUCCAUGUAGGCUGGGGCCCUGCCAGAUACAUCGUGGCUGUUGGCAUUCUCUGUGCUCUCACGUCCAGCCUCCUGGGUGACAUGUUCCCCAUGUCUCGGUUAAUCCGUGCAAUGGCAGAGGACGGGCUCCUUUUCCGGGGACUUGCCCGACUCUAUGGUCACACAAAAAUCCCCAUUAUAGCCAUCAUGUCUUCUGGAAGCCUUGCAGCGAUCACAGCAUUACUCUUUGAGUUUAGUGACAUUGUAAACCUCAUGGCAGUUGCGUCCCUGCUCGCUUACUCCAUGGUGUGUUUCUCGGUCCUUGUUCUCAGGUACCAGCCAGAUCAGAAUUUAAAUAAGAAUGAGAAAACAAAAGAGAAAAUUGAGAUGAAGUUUGGAGUUGAAGGAAGUCCUUUGGACUCUGUACCUGAAGCAGGAACCUCAAACAUUCUAAAGAGCCUGUGUUUCCCAACCAGCACCAUCCCCACCUGGAAAUCUGGUCAGAUUGUCUAUGGAUGUGCCUUCCUGCUUGUUCUCCUGCUGACCAUCCUGAGCCUGAUCCUGGCCCGGUGGCCCAGACGUGUGUUCUCUGGAGACCCCGUGCUCACAGCAGUGGCUGUGCUGCUGCUGCUGCUCAUCACUGGGGUCACGGUCAUCAUCUGGAGGCAGCCCCAGGACCCCUCUCCUCUUACGUUCAGGGUCCCUGCUCUGCCUGUCCUCCCACUGGUGAGCAUCUUCCUGAACAUUUACCUGAUGAUGCAGAUGACCUCUCAGACAUGGGCCCAAUUUAGUGUCUGGAAUGCCAUUGGACUUGCCAUAUACUUUGGAUAUGGAAUCAGACACAGCUUAGAGGAGAACAAUGAGCCACAGCCACCAGCCCCCACCUCCCAGACUCUUGACAAAAACACCCCUAGUGAUGAAUGGUCUUAACCACAGGAAACAGCUGCUGUGUGGAGUCCCUCCAUGCACUGGAGGAUCUGCUAGUCCACAAGACACUUUGAGCCUCUGUGAGGUGUGAACGUGAAAUGCAUUUGCGGACCUAUAUUUAUUGCCAGUGGAGAAAUGACCUUAAAAUUGUCUAAUUUUUAAUACUCUUUUCAAAGCAUAACACACAUAGAAAAUAGUGCCUGGUUUGUUAAGUGUGCAGCAAGAUGACAUUUCACAAAGAAUGUACAACAAAGUAGUCAGCAACUAGAGGAAGAAAUAAAAUAUCCACCUGCACACAAGAAGCUCUUGCUCGGGACUUCCCUGGGGGCCCAGGGCUUGGGAAUCGGCCUGCCAGCGCAGGAGAUACUGGUUCAAUUUGUGGUUCAGGAGAAUUCCACAUGUCACAGGCAGCUCGGCCCGCGUGCCACAGCUCCUGAGCCCAUGAAGCCCACGGCCCAGGCUCCGCAACAAGGGAAGCUACCGCACUGAGCAGCCCGUGCCCGCAGCUCGAGCAGUGCCCAGGUGCAGCAGCGAAGACCCGGCAUAACCAACAGUAAACAAAUGUUAAAGAUGUUCUUACUUGGGGCUCUUUCCAGCAAACACACAAAUAUCGCCACAGGGGGCGGAAAGGCAGGUACCUGUAUGAUGUGUCCAGUGCUGCACCUGAAAUACUAGGACGCAAACAAGCUGGAAGUUAAGGGAAUGGAACAGAUACCCUUUGCAAACAGUGGCAUGAGGAACCCAGGCAGCUAUUACUAUCAAAUGAAGCAGACUUUAGGAAGAGGAGAAAAACAACAGAUAAAGUGGCUCUUUUCAUCACGAUAGAAAGAAAUGAUCAAUUUUCCCUCUCCCCCCAGAUUUACUGAAACAUAGUGUAACAUUGGGGAGAUGAUUUUUUUUUCUCCAGUUUUCUGUCACAAACUCUUAGAGUUACAUACUAGAGUUGAUGAAGGAAAGUUCUUAACUCAUAAAGAAAAACACCUGCAUUGUCAGAGGUGCAGAAAAGAAGUGGUAAGUAAUGGUUGGCUGACAAAAGGUUACAAUUGAGUGUAACUGAAAGAUAGGAGGCAAAACUGGAUAGACAUGAUAAAGAGUUAUUGCAGAACAGGGUGCUUGAAAUUGAGAUUAUGGACCUUCAGGAUAUUGAUAAUAAUGAAGUAGAGGCUUGUUUGUGGGGAUGAACACUGCAAUAGAGUGAAGAAGGGAUGGAGGUCAAGAAACUGAGAAACAAGUUAUUAGAUGAAUUAAAAUACAGACGGAGUAGGAUGAAGAGUUUUCCUUAUAACGUUUGAAACAUUUCCUUGCACACAAAUGUGUUUGCCUUUUUAAUUUUAGUUGCUUUAAUUACAUGUAUUAAUCAGAAUUCUUAGCCCUUAAAAACUUUACUUUCUAGUUAAAAACAAAAAGUGAACAAUUGUGAACUAUGUUAUACCAGUAGUUUUAAAAAUUGAAUUAUAGCCAAUUAAAAAUAAAUAAAUUUGUAAAUUGCUAUCAA